CACCCACAAUUUUCCACUUGACUUUUUCCUCCAAAGUUCCCCACUAAAUUCUUCAUCCCAAAUCCAAUUAUAUCAGACCAAGAAGAAGACCAAGAAAAUUCAAAAGAGAAUAUCUAUUUCUACACACACAAACACAUUUAUAUAUAUCUCUUGCAUGCAAAAACAGUUUGAAGGUUAAAGAGAUUCUUGAUUGGGUAAAGGAAAAACAACCUUAUAUUUUUAAGUUUUGUUGAUGACAACGGAGGCUGUAGGUCUGGUGGAGCAAAGGAGAUCGAGCAGAGUUGAAAAUAAUGUUGAUAGGGUUAUCAAGAAGAAGAGGUGCAAAAGAAAGGAGAGAAUUCAAGUAAAGAGAACUGUGAAAAUGUUUUCAAGUACACUGCAGACGCUAUUUGAUUCAUGCCAACAAGUUUUCAGAGGCCCUGGCACUGUUCCUCCACCCAGUGAUGUUCAAAGAUUGUGCAACAUUCUUGAUGUUAUGAAACCUGAAGAUGUGGGGCUGAGUAGAGAUCUGCAAUUCUUUCAACCUAAGAGUGCAGUAGUUGAAGGGAAUCCUAGAGUUGCAUCUGCUACCAUCUACAAAUGCCAUAAUUUCUCACUAUGCCUUUUAUUUCUCCCUGCAACUGCUGUCAUACCUCUCCAUAAUCAUCCAGGGAUGACUGUUUUCAGCAAGCUUCUAUUAGGGACAGUGCACAUUAAAUCAUAUGAUUGGGCUGAUCCCCUCGAUUCUGAUAACUACGAUUCGCCCUCUAAAGUGAGACGGGCAAGGAUAAAAGCAAACAGGAACUUCACAGCACCAUGUGACACUUCUGUAUUAUAUCCAACAUCAGGAGGAAAUAUCCAUGAAUUCAUUGCUGUAACCCCAUCUGCUAUUCUUGAUGUUCUUGGACCUCCAUAUUCUAAAGAAGAUGACCGGGAUUGCUCAUAUUACAGAGAGACUUCAUUUGGUGCUUCGUCAAAUAUAGAAGAAUUUACAAAGGUAGAGGAUGAUGGCCAUUGUUAUGGAUGGCUUGAAGAGAUUGAAAUGCCCCAAGAAGCGGAAAUGGAUGGAAUUCCGUAUUUGGGUCCGCCAAUUGAUGAAUACAAUUCUUAAGUGUGUUAUGUUCUCUUCACAGUACUUCCUAGCUGGCUUAGGGGCUCCUUUUAUCUUUAUAUUUCUCCACUUUUCGUGUCUUUCUUUAAGAACUGGUUUUCCUCUCUCUCUCUCUCUCUCUCUCGUAGAUGUUGGAAAGUAUCAAAUUAUAGUGUCAUUAUUUCCGUUCUUGUUGGGAGCAGCUUUGUAAGAGACUCUGCUGCGUUUUUACUGGUUGAACUUAAUCAUAAGGAGCUUGCUAUAUAUAUAGAAAACAUACAUUUUGCAGCCA